AGGGGAAACUGAGGCUCGGCAAGGGGAAGCCCUUGCUCAGAGUCGGUUAUUAAGUGGAACGCGGACUCUCCCUCCGAGUCCGGUAUCCAUUGCAGCGACUCCGGGGUCCGGCUCUUCUCGCGCAUUUCCCCCACGCGGGGCGCUGUUUCCUUAUUGGGGCCCACAGAGGACUCGGCUACCCGGGAAGGCAGUGGGAUGUUCCCAGGAGCACCGGGUGGGAUGGGACGCCCAGACUCGGACCUUGCGCAGGACUUUCACUCUCGGGCCGCUUUCUUCCUUUCCAAAAGUGAAAUGCGUACAAGCGAGCGAACGCCCAUCUCGCUUUUGUCUUGGCGUCGUUCCCCGGAGCCUGGCACGGGUUCUAGCAAGUAGUGGACACGUAGUACACCUUCUCGCCCCAUCUUCAACUGGCAGGACCCCCUUCUUCUGGAAGCACAACUGACACCUGAUGAGAUCCUGACCCGAGAUACUUUUCGAACCUACUGCCAGGAAAAGCUGAUGCCCCGAAUCCUCUUGGCUAAUCGGAAUGAAGUGUUUGACCGGGAAAUCAUUUCAGAGAUGGGGGAACUGGGCGUGCUAGGCCCCACCAUUAAAGACUAUGGCUGUGCUGGGACCUCAUCUGUAGCCUAUGGACUUCUGGCCCGGGAACUAGAGCGUGUAGACAGUGGUUACCGGUCAACCAUGAGUGUCCAGUCCUCCUUGGUCAUGCACCCUAUCUAUGCCUAUGGCACCGAAGAGCAGCGACAGAAGUACCUGCCCCGACUGGCAAAGGGGGAACUCUUGGGCUGUUUUGGGUUGACGGAACCCAAUCAUGGAAGUGACCCAGGCAGUAUGGAGACUAAGGCCCGCUACAAUGCAGCCAGCAAGACCUACACCCUGAACGGCUCCAAGACCUGGAUCACGAAUUCGCCCGUGGCUGACCUCUUUGUGGUCUGGGCUGUAUGUGAGGACGCUCAGGUGCGGGGCUUCCUGUUAGAGAAGGGAAUGCGUGGAUUGUCAGCUCCCAAAAUCGAAGGCAAGUUUGCGCUUCGGGCCUCGAUCACAGGAAUGAUCCUCAUGGAUGAUGUGGAAGUACCGGAACAGAACAUGCUGCCCCAUGUGUCUGGUCUUGCUGGCCCCUUUGGAUGUCUGAACAACGCUCGAUAUGGCAUUGCUUGGGGGGUGCUGGGUGCUGCAGAGUUCUGUCUGCAUACAGCCCGGCAGUACACUCUAGACAGGAAGCAGUUUGGGUCCCCACUGGCUAAAAACCAGCUCAUCCAGAAAAAGUUGGCUGACAUGCUCACAGAGAUCACCCUGGGCCUGCAUGCUUGCCUACAACUCGGGCGCUUGAAAGACGAGGACAAACUGACUCCGGAAAUGGUUUCACUGCUGAAGAGGAACAAUUGUGGCAAAGCCCUUGAUGUUGCCAGGCAGGCCCGUGACAUGCUUGGUGGGAAUGGGAUUUCGGAUGAGUAUCAUGUGAUCCGGCAUGCCAUGAACCUGGAGGCUGUAAACACUUAUGAAGGUACUCAUGACAUCCAUGCCCUGAUUCUUGGGAGAGCUAUCACGGGAAUUCAGGCAUUUACUGCUGGGAAGUGAACUUGUUCUUCUUAAGGGCUGAUAAACAUCCUUCAGAAAGUCUUCAUUUCAUUAUGUCAGUAUUGAUUUCCCAGGUUGUGAUAAAUCUGCUUUUCUGGGGAAGUGAUUGUUACUUUCCUUUCUGAAAGGUAGAGACUGAGAUUGAAGAAAUUUAUUUCUAUACCUGAAUGUGCCUUGUUUUAAAAUCAAUUCUGUUGAAAUGCUGAAAGAAUGUGAUUAUACUAUUUCAGUCCCUUUCAAUGCAUCAACUUUUAUUAAUUUUAUAUAACUUGGGAAAUAAGUGGUUUGUUUUUAAUCAGGGGGCAAGAGGAAGAUGAAUGAACUUCAGAGCAGCUUCUAUGAAGCUGCUUGAUUUGUAACUGAGUAACUAAGAUCUCUUACCCAAACCUAUAAUGCUUCUGGGCUUACUAAUGCCUCCUGACCCUGCUGAUCACCCACUGAUUUCAGACAUAUCAUUCUGUGUUCUGGAGUUGGGAACAGACUGGGAACAAGUACGUUAAUAAAGUUCACAUGCUGCUGACCAAAA